AUGGGCAACGUUUUCGGUCUAGUUUUGGGCAGCUACGAAGGCAUCACGCCGCCUGUGCCGCUCCCCGGACAGAGAGAACUGCCAAAACUGGCUGGAUCAUGGAGAGUCACAGCAGGGAAAUGCCGCUAUUGGGGCAACAACUUCCUCGUCAUAUCGGCCAUGUUCUCAGGUCUUGAGUGCGCGACUGAGAAGAUUCGUGCACGGCACGACGUGGGUAAUGAACUGGUGGCGGGUUGCGCCACGGGUGCAGCGCUGGCAGCCGGCCAGGGUAUCCAAGCGCAGUGUCUCGGCUGCGCUGGUUUUGCUGCCUUCUCGUAUGCGAUCAACGUCUUCACAGGCGGCAAGUUUUAG